AUGGAGGGUCAAAUACAACAAGAACCAAGCGAUCGACAUGAAGCUCUGGCAGCGGGUUGCAACGACUUUUUGACCAAGCUCGUCAGACUUCUUUCAGCUCGUCAGACUUCUUUCAUGGCCUUUGUACCACCUGAAUGGUGCGCAUCACUCGUCAUUCUUUUCUCCGCUACCAAAACACAAUUUGCCUUUCUCCAGCCUCAGCUCACUCAGGCCACCACGACGGCCAAAGAGAACCAUUUGCGACCACUGCCCCUGCUCAACAGAAACACCACAUUGGGCUUUUCCUAUAUUGCUUAUGGCUUUUCUUGA